AUGGAGAUUGGCGCUUGCCUGAGCCCCCAGCGCCUGCUUAUCUGCCUGCAGCCGCUCUUCCUCUCGCUGCUUUUGGGGCCCAGCCGGCCUGGCACCGCCGAGGAGGUUGUCCUUCUGGAUUCCAAGGAAUCCCAAGCUGAGCUAGGCUGGACUGCACUGCCCAGUAAUGGGUGGGAGGAAAUCAGUGGAGUGGAUGAGAACGACCGACCAAUCCGAACCUACCAGGUGUGCAACGUGCUGGAACCCAACCAGAACAACUGGCUGCAGACAGGUUGGAUUGGGCGGCGCGGUGGGCAGCGGAUUUUCAUCGAGCUCAAGUUCACACUUCGGGACUGCAGCAGUAUCCCAGGGGUGGCAGGAUCUUGCAAGGAGACCUUCAACCUCUACUAUACCGAGGCAGAAGCGGAGGCUGGGGCAGGAGUAGAGGGGGAGGGAAAGGGCGGGGCCGGUCUAGGUGGAAGCCUGAGCGAGAGCCGCCAGCGCAAAGUGGCUACCAUCGCAGCAGAUGAGAGCUUCACCCAGGGUGAUCUGGGCGAGCGGAAAAUGAAGCUCAAUGUGGAGGUGAGGGAAAUCGGGCCACUGAGCAGGGACGGCUUCCACCUGGCCUUCCAAGAUGUGGGCGCCUGCGUGGCGCUGGUCUCCGUGCGAGUAUAUUACAAGCAGUGCCUGGCCACCGUGCAGAACCUGGCAGCCUUCCCAGACACUGUGGCGGAGGCUGCCUUCUCGUCGCUGGUGGAGGUCACUGGCACAUGCGUGGCCCACUCGGAGGGGGAGCCCGGCCGCCCUCCCCCUCGAAUGCACUGCAGUGCCGACGGGGAGUGGCUCGUGCCGGUCGGCAGGUGCAGCUGCAGCGCUGGCUUCCAAGAACGGGAGGAGUCCUGUGAAGGUAAGCGGACCUUCUACUGAGCUUUGGCAACACAAAACACUUGGUAGACACGACCUCAUUCAAGUCUCAACACCACCCAGUGGCAAUAGGAAAACUAGGGCUUAUUAUCCUUGUUUGACAGAUGAAGAAACCGAAGCUCAGAGGGGAAGUGACUUGCCCACUGUCCAGGAUUCAAACGAAGCAGGGGAUUAGACUGCCUCUGAUAACAGCAAUAAUAACAGCUUACGUUUGCAUAGCAUUGUUCAAAGCACAACAGCCUAGUGAAGUAGAGAAGUCCCCAUUUUACAGAUUUGAAGGGUGAGAAGUUAGAUGACUUGCCCAAAGUCACAAAGUAACUGAGCUGCCAUUUGAACUCAGGUCCUCCGAGUAUGUAUCUAGUAUUCUUACAUCCAUUGACUUAGAUGGAUGAGGAAGGCCUUUAAUGAAGUGGAAGACAAGAUUACUUGGUCUGCACUAGAUGGGAGUCCUUUGUGAAAUCUUUGUGACGGUACAGUCAGAGCGGGAUCUUCAUGAAGUCUGAUUUCCCAGGGUGGGAUUCCCCUUCAGAGCCUGGUGCAGUCCCAUUCCCAUUUCCAUGAGAGUAAGGAUCCUGGUAGACUGUCUAGGAGCUUAGAUCACUGUUGAUUCCUCCUUCUUCCCCAACCACUUCAGGAAAAAAAGCAAAUAGUGAAGUUCCCCCAUUGCCUUAGCAAGGUCCAGGAUAAAGUCCCAUUAGCCUUGAAGAAAGCCUGACUUGCAUAUGGGCCCAUGGCAAGACAAGAAGGAGCCCAGGUCUAUGGUGAGCACAAGGGCAGGCAGAUUUUGAGGGUAUCAUAUCUUAGGCACUGCUUUGAUCAUGUCACUCUGUUCGAUAGCCUUCAUUGGCCUCCUACAGCCCACUUAGUCUGGCAUUCAAAAUUCCUCCACUAUUUGAUGUCACCCAACUCUUCUUUGUUUAUCUUCCACUAUUCUCCAGCAUGUAAAGUACACUCCACCCAGACUAAAUUACUGUACAGAUCUCAUACUUUCCCAU